UCUUCGCGAGAUCACCUCUGCAGCAACAAAUCGGCUCCGGAUCCCGAAGACAAUCUGCUCGUUUCUGCGACGGGGUCAUGGAGGUGUCGUCUCACAGCCUCUUCCUGCUGCAGCAGCUCAACGUUCAGAGAGAGUUCGGAUUCCUGUGUGACUGCACCGUCGCCAUUGGAAACGUCUACUUUAAAGCUCACCGAGCUGUGCUGGCUGCCUUCUCCAACUACUUCAAAAUGAUCUUCAUCCACCAGUCCAGUGAGUGCAUAAAGAUCCAACCUACAGACAUCCAGCCAGAUGUCUUCAGCUACCUGCUGCACAUCAUGUACACUGGAAUGUGUCCCAAACAGCCGGUGGACCAGAGCCGACUGCAGGAUGGCAUCAAGUUUCUUCACGCCUACCAGCUGUGCCGAAAACCCGGCGAGGGCGCUGCUGAUGCUGCCACCGAUGUGGUCCGCAUGUCCAACUUGUACGGCAUCCAGAUCUCCUCCCAGCUGGCCAACAAGGAGGCAGGUGGAGUCCCCAAGACCACCUCAGUGUCCCGUGGGGCCCCUGAGGACGGGCGGUCCUCCGGCCGGGGCGGACGGUCCCACUCCCAGUUGUCCCUAGCCGUUGGGCUGGAGGGGAUCCCUUCAGACCAUCAGGCCUCAGCGCUACGCAACGUCUGCUCCGUGGCAUCCGGAGACGACUCGGACAUCUCGACUCGCAUCAAGCAGGAGCGGGUGGAGGAGGAGGAGGACGGCGAGGGGGAGGAGGGUCCAGGGGUGGGGUCUCCAUCUCAGAGCAGCAGUCCCAGUCAGGGCCUCCUGUUUAAAGACCGGCCCCUAGUCCUGCUGUGUCCCCGCUGUGGGGAACGCUGCUCCUCACCCGAAGGCCUACGGGAGCAUUUGUUCAGCCACGCCCUCGACCCCACCCGCCUGAUGGAGGGACUGUCGCAGGGCGGCGAGCUGGACGCCGGCGUGGAGGAGGGGCCACCGGGGGCCCAGGAGCAGCUGGACGCAGGAUGUCUGGAGGAGGCGCUGAGGCAGAGCCAGGCGCUCGCCAACCAGCUGGCUGCUGAGCUGAGGAGGAGCCGAGGGGGAGGCGGGGGAGGAGGAGGGGGGAGCAGCCCCACCCCCGCCAUCCUGCACUCACGCAAACGUAAGAUCGCCUGCGCUGUCUGCAGCCUGCGCUUCUCCCACAAGAGCCAGCUGCAGGAGCACAUGUACACCCACACCGGCAAGCCGUCUCGCUACCACCGCUACAACCGCCUCUGCAGCCAGCUCUUCCAGGCCUCCGCCCACUUCUGCGAGGGCGCCGCGGAGGCUGGGGGAGGGGCUGGGGGCGGAGCCUCGACCGGCGCACCCACUGCCCUCUCUGAGGAGGCCAACAGGGACACUCAGGACAACGGCAGCUCCUGCUACUCCCUGGACUCUGAGAUCUCCCAGGAGAGCGUGGACGGCGUGCCCGUCGAGUGAUGUCAACAGAUGAUGUCAUGGAGGGAUGUUAGUGUGACUGAGCGCACAGGUGGUUCAGUUGUCUGGUUGAGAAAAGACGAAGCAGGAGACUCUGAGGUCUGUGUUGUUGUUCUGUUGCGGCUGUCUGAUGGUUCUGUACCUGUGCAGGUGUGUGUGUGUGUGUGUGUGUGUGUGUGCAGGUGUGUGUGCUUCAAUCAGUCAUGUGAUCAUAGUGUGGCACUGUGGUCAUCACCUGUGAGGGUCGGACUGUUGUUUUAUGAGUUUCAUCCUACAAACUCCAGUAGAGUCUAAGUGAUUAGUCGAUUAAAUGAUUAGUCGAUCAACAACAAUAAUUGCAACUAUUUUGAAAAUCAGUUCAUGGCUUGUUUUAACUGGUUCCAUCUUCAGUGUGAAAAUUUCAUGAUUUCCUACUUUAGUCAAGUCAAUGCAGUAUUUUGAGGUUUUCGACUGUCUCUGAGAUGUUUCAGUAUUUUCUGACAGAAUGACUAAUUGAUUAAUAAACAGAAUAAUGUAUCAGUAGCUACAGUCCUAAAUUUCAACGUUAACAUCACAUUGACCUUUGUCAAACCCUUUAAUUUCACUGGUUUGUGUUUAUUUCUAUAAAAAAUAACCAGCAGAGACUUUAAACUUGAUCUUCCACACCAGCCAGCAUUGAAGUCCUUCUGUGGCAAACCUGAUGUCUGCAACACUCUGAGGAAGACAGAAAAAGAAGAGGAUAUAGUAAAAUGUGCUCCUUUAAUGUAAAGCUUGUAAGGCUGUGAGUCAAACUGUGGUUGUGUCUUCAGACUAUGCAGACUCUCAGACCUGCUGACCAGAGAGAGAACAUGUUAGAAGAAGCAGCAGUGCCUUGGUCUGACGGUCUGAUCGCUGUUUGCAGCAGUAAAGCAGAGCGCAAAGCUUCGUGACAAUCUGCAGCCCUGUUCUCUAGAAGUCAUGUCCAAUAUGUUUUAAAGGAAAUGUAACUCUGAUCAGAUCAGGUUUUCUAUUGAUAAAGUGAGGAAACUUUGAUGAUUUUAUUUGAUACAGGAAAAUGUUCACUGACUGCAUAUUUGUUUCCUUCCUGAUUGUCCAGUUUUCAUUCUCCACCUGCAGUGACCGCAGCAUUAAGAAUGAGUUCUCUGGUUCUGUUCAGAUUGAGAAAUAGUAACUUCAGAGUUCUGUUGCUUCAUCAGACUAUAAUCUUCAAUGCACACUGAGGUGGCUUUCAGCUGAAUGUUUAGUAUCUUGGAUGUGAGUUAGCACCUCCAAGCCUGACAUCAUCGAUCUCUGCCAGAAACUGGUCAGUUGUUCCUUCUGUGUUGGGGGUGAGUUGGUGAUCAAAGCUAAGGAGUUUCAGUAUCUCGGAUCUUGUUCACAAGUGAUGGGAAAGUGGAGUGUGAGAUGGACAGAUGGAUUGGAGCCAUCAGCAGUAUUGCAGUCCUUCUUCUGGACUGUCCUGAAAAGGAAAGAGCUGAGUUGUAAGGCAAAGCUCUUGACUUCUAACCUGUACCUAUGGUCAUGAGCUCCAGGUGUCGAGCAUAAGCAUAAGAUUGUGGAUACAAGCAGCCAUUGUGAGUUCCCUUUGUAGGGUGGUUGGGCUCAGCCUUAGAGAGGUGAGGAACUCAGAUAUGCAGAAACAGCUGAGCGUAGUCUCUUCUCCUUCGUGUCGAAAGGAGCCAGCUGAGGUGGUUCACAUCUUCCUUUGGAGGCCAAGUAAGAGACCUUAGGGUUGGAAUCCCAGAGGAACUCCCUAGAGGGAUUAAAUGUCUCAUCUGACAUGACAACGCCCUGGGAUCCCUCAAGAGAAACUGGAAGAUUAACUGAGGUGGUUCAGGCAUCUGAUUAGGAUACCUCCAGCCCCACCUUCCUUUGGGCUUUUCUGGGCAUAUCACAGUCCCUCCAGUUUCCAAGGUAGAUCUGAAGAAUACUGUUUGAGAGGGACAUCUGGAAUACCCAGCUUAGCCUGUUGUCUCUACAGCCUUACCUCGGAUAAACAGGACAACGAAUGGGUUGAUGGAUAUUCAAACUCUAAUUCAGGUUCUCGGUUCAGGUUUAGGACAUACAGUGGUCUGUUUUAAUCCAGAGUGAUACACAGUGUGUUUAAGUUAUUUUUUUGACCUUUUUGUCUUUAUUGUAGAGGACAGUGGAGAGAGAGACAGGAAACAUGGGGAGAAGAUGAGAGAAGGACAUGCAGUAAAUGGAUGAGGGUUGGACUCGAACUCUGGCAACUGUGUCGUGAGCGAUAGCCCCUGUGCAUGGGUUGCCCCCUCCCCAACCAGUUGAGCUACCAGGGCGCCCACAGUGUGUUUAGAUUUCAUCGACUCCAAAUUGCCACCUUUCCUCAACCUCGACCAAAGUGAUAUGUUUAGCUUCUCCCUCUGAUUCGAGUCAUACCAGCUCCCAGCAAGACAAAAGACCACAAAUGAACUGUUACAAAUGUGUUCCUGAUGUGGUUCUGUGGUAGGGGUUUGUUUCAGUUUAGGUACCAGAACUACUUGGGUUAGUGUAAGACCAGAGUUCAGGGUGAAAUACGUACUUUAUUAAGAUUGAAGGGAGCAGCAAUUACCACCUCUCAAAGCUGAAGAUAGUCUUUGAGAUACCUUAAAAUGCAAAGACACAGACGACUCCCUGAUGCUGUUUGCUACAAGCUCAGUCAAUUUAAUUGCUCAUUAAAUUCAACCAUCUAAGCAGCUGGAAAUUACUGCUCCUUUAAUAAGAUAUGAAGGUUGAUAGAAGGUUUGAUGUCCUAAAUGUGUCUCCUGAAAUCAUCUCAUGAAUCCGUUCAUGUCUUUUGGAGCUUCAGCUGAAAACUAAACAGGGAUUUUGUGUCUGUGGUUCAGAAUUUAGACCAGCAAUUUAUUUCACAGGUAAAGUAUGGGUGGGGCACCUUACCUGUUAGCGCUGUGUUGCUGCAGUAGCUAAUGUUUACCCUUGUAUGGACCAGUCAGGAAGCAGCAAAUAAAAGUCCGUACAAGAGAGCAAUUUGAGAUUUUAUUUUGAAAGAGUUACAGGUGAAACCAGAGAAGAACAGCGGUGUGAUCCUUUAAAAUUAGGGCAAGUUCUCUGCUGUUACUUUCUGUCGUCACAUGACCAGCACUUAUUGAUAAUGAUUUCCUGCUUGAGCUGUUAUUGAUUAUUGAUUGGUGAAUGUCUGAUUGUCGUGCCGUCGUCAUCUCCGUGUUUCACUGUAAAAAGGUCACAACGGGAACUUCAGUGUCAACAUGUUUUUGUACACGUCUGUUUUUUCAUCGAUGGAACGGUAAAGUUUUGUAAAUAAACGUCUUUUUUGACCAA